CUGGGAACGAGAAUGAGACGGGUGGUGGCUGUGUCACGCAUUCCUUUUUUCGUUUUGGUCACUUGAACGAAAACAGAAAGCCGACGGGCAAGAAAGCAAGGAGCUGGAAAAAAGCAAGAGCAUACAUCACUCCAACAAGGCAGUAAUGGCAUCAUCCAAACCAAUCAAGCUGGUUAUCUGUGGUGGAGGCAAUGCUGCUCAUGCCUGGGCUGGUAUAGCUUCAUCUCAACCAGACACUGAUGUAUGUGUUCUAACCUUGUUCCAAGAUGAAGCAGAGAGAUGGUCUAACUCCCUCAAGGAAUACGACUUCACUGUGAUCCUCAACAGAAAAGGAGAGUGCUACGAGAAGCUGAAAGCCAAACCAAGACUGGUUACUAAGAAACCAGAGGAGGUAAUUCCUGGAUGUGAUGUCGUCGCUUUUGUCAUGCCAGCCUUUGCGCAUGAGCAGUACUUAAACGCGAUCAAACCACACCUUGAACCAGGCAUGAUUCUCGUUGGUUUUCCUGGACAGUCUGGGUUUGAGUUUCAGGAACGAGCCAUUCUAGGAGAUAUUGCAAAGCAGAUUACUCUCAUUAAUUUUGAGUCGUUACCAUGGGCCACAAGAAUUAAGGAAUAUGGAAAAACCUGUGAAGUACUUGGUACUAAGGAUACCACAAUGGGUUCUGUGCAGAUUGGGUCAGUUACUCCAAGAAGAGAUCCAUUCACAGUUGUCCAGAAGCUGAUUGGUGAAAAGCCAGCCCUAAUAACAAAAGGCCAUCCUCUUGCAGCCAAUCUUAUGUCUGCCACUGCAUAUCUGCACACUAGUGUCUUGUAUGGCCAGUGGUCUACUUGGGAUGGUACCCCUCUUGACAAGCCACCAUUAUUUUAUCAUGGCGUGUCAGAGAGUACUGUGGCAUUGUUUGGCAGUUUAUCAGAUGAAGUGGUUCAGAUAGCAAAGGCUAUCCAGGCUCAGAGCCCUGAUACUGAUAUGUCAGAGGUAAUUGACAUGCACACUUACUAUAAAGUCCGCUAUCCUGAUGACAUUGAAGACAAAACCUCUCUGCUAUCUUGUAUCAGAACCAAUGCAGCUUACAAGGGCUUGACACACCCAAUGAAAGAAACCAAGGAAGGGAAGUUUGUACCCAACUAUACCAACUACCGUUUCCUGACUGAGGACAUACCAUUUGGGCUUGUGGUGAUCAGAGGGAUUGCAGAGGUAGUGGGUGUGGCCACACCAAAUAUUGAUAAAGUACUCACUUGGUGUCAGGAGCAGAUAAACAAGGAAUAUCUUGUGGAUGGGAAGAUCCAAGGAAAAGAUGUGAAGGAUACAAGAGCACCUCAGAGAUAUGGAUUCACUACUCUGAAAGACAUUAUUGGACACUAGUAGAUAAUGACAUGAGCCAUGAAUGAUACUGGGUCAUUGUAGUUGAUAGUUGGAUAAUAUAGCAGGACAUUGAUUUUGAGAUGCUGUGUUCAAUUUUUGAUCCCCCAACUUAAGGAGGGCCAUAAAUAGAUAACUAAUAGAUUAAUUAUGUUACCCUAAUAAAAUAAAGAUUAAAGAUUAAAAAAAUUAAUUAAUAAAAGGACAUAGAAAAAUUCUAGGGAUACAUGAUAUGCAAUUUGCCAUUUGCCAUUUUGUAGAAAACAUAUUACAUAUUAUACAGAAAUAUUUGUAUUGAACUUACAUUUURUUAUGGCCAUAAUGUCUUUAGUUGCUGUAGAAAAAGUAGUUAGUAAAAAUUAUGAGAAUUAUGUUGGAUAAAUUAUAUGAAAUUAUAUCGAACUCGCCCUCGAACCACCCCUCGGUCUGCACCUGUACCACUGUAGUAAAGAUUUGAUUAACAAA